UCUGAGACGUCCUGUCCUCUCACAGUUACUGGACGUUGUUUACCGCAUCUCGAAAGCUAUAAGAGCCGCGAUUGGAUGUGCCGAUGUGCAUCCAUGGAAUGUGCAUCAGAAGAACUUGCACACAAGUGAUGUCCCGGCUGUGUACUCAGUCUUCUUGGAACACCUGUCCAACUACUCUCGAGACGCUGCGCAGCUGCUUUCGCUCGGUGUGACGCGUGUGUCACAACUUUUCGUACCCCUCGCAUUCGAACACAUGGAUACCCGCCCGAAUGAUCAGCAACUGCAUGGAUGGAUUAAGGACGUGGAACGUGUGAGAGACAUGCUUCACACGAAAUUAAGGGGUUUGGUUCAUGAUUUGAAAUCUGUCAGCGAGAUGAUGGUGAACUACAAGAUGGAACAAGACGAGAACAAUCCAGGAAACUAUCUAAUAAGGCGGCCGCUGUUGAAUCAUCAGCUACUCGCCUAUCACGAGCGGUACCUCUCCUUUCAUGACGAGCUUAGUACACUAUGCGAGCAGCAACAUCCGAAGUCAUCACAAAUGUUCGCUCUCGCCGACGCACUGUACUCCUUCUGUCGUAACAAUUGGAUCGAAACAGCUCGGAUAUUUAACGAAGGCAAUUCAUCCCAUAUCUACACUGUAGAUGAGGAGUGGGAGCUGGAGGACAGAAGCUACGCUACGCUCUCCGUUGACACCGACUGCAUGCAGCUGUUGGCUAACGCCCUGGACCACCCCACGUGUCCGCUGGAAGACCUGUCACCGGAAACCAUUACUCAGCGCGAUCAGUGCCGCGUGCAGCUCUGGAACGACGUGGUGGAGAGAUCUCCCCACAUACCCGUCACCAGCUACCUGGCGUACACACAGAGGACGAACGUCAACCUCUGUCUCUUGGCCUGGAUGACUGUCAACUCGUUCAGCAUUUGUCAGGACGUCCCCUUUAGCAUGAUACAGUCCGUACGUGAUGCUCGGUGCUUUUUCAGUAGUCCUGCCAACGAGUCCUGUCCGGAAGUGAACGUCACAGGCGCCAUCUGCUCUUUCUCCAGAGCUGUUCUGUUACUAAAAUGUCGCGACUUUUCCCUCAAUAAGCAUUCCGAGCUGUGUAGUGUCAGCUUGUACCCAGACGGAUCCUACUCAAACAAGAGCAAUGUACCAUGGAUCAAACUCCUCAAAGGGCAUAUAGAGCCCACGCAAAGAACACUAAACUACAAAGCCAGUUUAAACAGUGCUACCUUGAAAUACAAGGAUUUCAGAAUCGACAGCUUAAAAGCUUUAGAAAUGUCAUUUAUAGGUAUAAAUAUUCUUUUCCGUUUUUUGACUGCCGGAAUAUACAUGUACCUUCCCCAGUUACGCAAUCUGCCCGGAAAGAUAUUCUUGUCCUUUCAGCUCACGGGUAUAAUCCAGAUCUUGUGUUCUGAGGUCAUGUAUCGUAUGACGGGUGUCCCCAAGUUACCGACAGCGGUGCAGAUUGAUAGCUCCCUUACGCUUCUCAGCUGUAUCUGGCUGAACUCGUUCUGCUACCAAAUGUACGCGUGCAUUCGACAUCUCAGGCUUCCUAACGAUCUGCUGCCUGCUGAAGCGAGUGAGGUAUUCCGUCGUCAGGUGGUGUGUGCACUUAUACCCUGGGGCAUAGCAUCUGCAGCAAGUAUUUCUUUGGAAAAUACGAGCAAAUAUUACUUGAUUCACAGUCGGAUAAUAUUCCUCGCGGCGAUUUCAUUCUCGGUAGCUCUCAAUUUGGUUCUCCUUGGAUUGGUGGGAUAUAUGUACCUACGUAAUCGAAACUUCAUGCGGCGACUUAAAAUUUCUAGUAAUCACAGAUUUGGUUCAAAGAAACAACUUGUUUUUCUGUCAGUUAAGACAGUUUUCUUAAGUGGCGUUGGUAUAAUUGUUAGAACUGGAUUCCACCAAGCGCAAGGCAUUGCACAGUUCGUAUACUAUGUUCACAUAGCUACGAUGGCGCAGGGACCGCUGCUGUUCGUUUUUUUCAUUUGUAACGAAUCGACACUUCCUCUGUUCAAGGCGACCUUACUAGCAUGGUGGAAACCAGAUAUUGUCAGAUCCAGGCGAGAGCUGUGUUCAGCGGCUGAGAGAAAUUUGGCAAAGAGAGCCGAUAUUCAGCAUUCAUCUGCAGAAUCCUCGAUGUAAUUUCCUUGAGCGUUUUUCUCAAAGGACUGUUUUCAAUGUAGACUGGAUUGAGGCGUGUGGUCAGUUAUAAAGAUAGAAUCUAGCUGAUGAGAAAAAAUUAACUGCGACUUACAUCAUAAAACCCGUACCCCAGUUCCCUAAUCUAUUCUUUAUUUACAACCAAGCGCUUAUUUGUAAAUAGUAGCGCGUCUACGUAUACUAAUGGACAUUAAUAAUUCAUUAUUGGUGCACAAUGGAGUUGGAACUGAAGGUAAACUUUUAAAGGACUGUGUUACACGCUAUUGGAGUAGAGGCGUUUGUGAGACAGGAUAGUGUCUUACUGUGCGAAAAGUGUGUAAAAGCACUGUAGGAGACGUUGAAAGUUAAUGUGUGUCGCAUGUGCUAGUAUUAAGCAAGGAAGAACGUUAUUUUAAAGGGCACUAUCACUAACAGUUUUGUGGAAGGAAAAAGAUGUAUCAGAAGUUAAAUUAAAAGGGGGCAUGUUACUCCAGAUGUUAAAC